AUGUAUUAUGGACCUGAAAUACCUGAAGAACUUUGGAUUAAACCACAAAAACCAAUUGGUUUUUUUGGUAAAAAUAAUUGUAUCCAAUUAUUCCUUUACGGUGCUUGCUCCAGCAGCUCCAAUAACCACUACUUAGUUAUCUCCUUAAGGAGCUCCCUAACCCCUGAAAGGGGUCUCCUUAGUUAUACAGUUAUAUACCUUACCGUAAACCCCCUCUGGGGGUACUGUUUGACCAAGCACCGUAACGGAUGUAUAGUAUCACCAGAAGGAAAAUAUAUGAAAUCAAGAAGAGCAAUAGUAAUAAGAGCAAGAAGAAGGAAAUAUUUGAAGACGAUAUAUUAUUUUGUACGUAGAAAAUAUAAAGAAUAUAUUAAAAAUUCACGAAACAUUAGUGAACUUAUGUAUUGGAAAUAUAAACUUGAUUCUUUACCUAAAGAUUCUUCAUCAACUAAAUUUCAUCAUUAUUGUCCUAUUUCUGGUACGUUACGGUGCUUGCAACAGCUGUACCCCCAAAGGGGUUUCUUUAGCUAUAUAGCCCCUCCGGGGCUCCCUUAG